AUGGCCGCUGUCGAUGAGAAGAGCGUCGGUCUCGGCCGCUCGCCCAGCGACAGCGACAUGGCCGAUGGUCAGGUCAUGGGUGUCGAGCGCGAUGCUGAUGUCGUGGCCAAGUAUGGAGAGACUCACCGCGGCCUCAGCCCUCGGCACGUGCAGCUUAUGGCCAUUGGAGGCUCUAUCGGCACUGGACUUUGGGUUGGUAUCGGUGGAGUGCUCUCGAAAGCAGGUCCUCUCUCGGUCGUCCUUGGCUACGCCUUCUGGGGUCUAUUCUUCAUCUGGCCGCUCAACCUCUGCGUCGCCGAGAUGUGCGCCUACCUGCCCAUCCGCGGCACGAUCUUUGAGCUCGCCCGCCGCUUCGUCGACCCGGCCCUCGGCUUCGCCAUGGGUUGGACCUACUUCUUCGCCGGCCUGAUGCUGGUCUGCACCGAAUACGCCGCCGUCGCCACCAUAAUGCAGUACUGGAGCAAGGACAUCAACCCGGCCGUCUGGAUCGCCAUGGCCAUGGUCUUGUGCAUCAUGCUCAAUGUCGUGGCCGUCAAGUGGUACGGCGAGAGCGAGUUCAUCAUGGCUUCCACAAAGGUUAUACUGCUGUUCGGCCUCAUCAUCCUCACAAUCAUCACCAUGGCCGGCGGAAACCCGCAGCACGACGCCUACGGUUUUAGGAAUUGGGGCGACGGCAACUACAUACAUCCGUAUCUGGCCCAGGGCGACGCUGGGAGGUUCCUCGGCUGGUGGAAGGUCGUCAUCUAUGCUGCCUUCACCAUUGCCGGUCCGGACAUGAUCGCUUUGGCCGCGGGCGAGAUUGUCAACCCGAGGCGCACCAUUCCCCGUGUCGCCAAGCUCAUCUUUUACCGUCUUGUCGGAUUCUACUUUGUCGGCGUCCUCUGCGUCGGCAUCAUCUGCAGCUCCAGGGAUCCUAGACUCAUGGGGGCCUUGGCCGACGGCGCUUCCGGCGCCGCUGCCAGUCCUUGGGUCAUUGGAAUCGAGAACCUUGGCAUCCGGGUGCUUCCUCACAUCAUCAACGCUGCCAUUAUGCUCUCCGGAUGGUCCUGCGGCAACGCCUACCUCUACUCGGCCUCGCGUACGCUCUACGGGCUGGCGCGCGACAACCAGGCGCCCAAGUUCCUGCUCUACUGCACCAAGCAGGGCGUGCCUAUCUACUGCGUGCUGGUCGUGUCGCUCAUCUCGUGCAUCACCUUCCUCGUGUCGUCCAACUCGGCCGUCGAGGUCUUCUUCUGGUUCGUCGACCUGACCACGACGGCGCUCAUCAUGACCUACACCAUGAUGAUGAUCACCUUCAUCGGCUUCUACCGCGCCCGCAAGGCCCAGGGGAUGGACCCCCAGACGCUGCCGUACCUGGCCCCCUUCACCCCUUACUCGGCCUACCUGGCUCUGUUCCUCGGCUGCGUGGCCAUCUUGUUCGUCGGCUUCGACGCGUUUGGACCCUUCAACGUGCGCUCAUUCAUCACGGCCUACUUCGCCCUUGCGUUCGGCGCCUUCACGUACGUCCUUUGGAAGGUCCUCAAGCGGACCAAGCUGGUCGACCCCAGAGAGGCCGAUCUCUACUCGGGCAAGAAGGAGGUCGACGAGGAGUGCAGGCACUGGGAGGAGGGUGGUAUCGAGGAGGUGGAGAGGGCAAGGCUGGCGCAGAUGAGCUUUGCGAGGAGCCUCGUGAACCCCGGCCUCGAUGUGCGUAGGCCCAAUAUCCGUUCCAAUCACGUCUCCAAGCCGGUCGAUCCAGCCGGUGCCAGCCCUAUCAAUCCAAACCACCUUGAGGCCACUAGCCCUGGCGCCAACGACAUCAAACGGGUUCGCCGUGACCAGCCAAACGUCAUCGACGCCGACCGCACCGUCGCCGCCGCUCCUGCUCGCGGUGGCAUUGGCGAUGAGGUGAUCAUAGACGGCACUGGCGGGCUUGAAGGCGCCGACGGCCUCGACGCUGAGUGGCGGCUUCUCAAAGACGGCGUCGUAGCGCGACAGGGUGGGCGAGCUGGCGACGCUCGCGCUCACGGCGGCGGCGGUGCCGUUGCUGAAGAUGAAGCAGCGCACGUCGCGGCCGCCCUCGCGCCGCUCCGACUCGAGCUGCCGCAGGCCCUGCUCCACGUCGCCGUAGACCGAGAGCGCGUCGUAGCUGCGCUGUAGCGCCGCCACGGCCUCGGCGCUCAGGGGCACGCCCGCCUCGGCGGCUGCGUGCUUGAGGGCCGCCUCGGUGAUGUCGGCAAACGGACGAUAUAUUCCUGGAAAAACGAGCAUGAACAAAUGGAGAAUGACACCGACUCGGCGGCAAAUCACAACAUCGACAUCUUUCGCGACUGCGUGUCGGCCGUUCUCGUGGAGCGGCUUUCCCAGCGCGAGGGAUCCAAAUCGAAAAAGAAAAGAUCCUCCAAGCGCAACUCUAGAUCCAGUAGAAAAUCCACAAUUCACCAGCCGGACCCUGAGGCUGCCGGUGCGGGGUCAGUCGAGCCCGUCACCACCACCACGGCUCUGCAACAGCAGCCGCAAAACGACGACGCCGAGGAGCUCUCCGAGUUCAUCGGGUACGUCGCCGACACCACGUUCGACCUGCUGCCCGCCGAGCUGCGGCUCCUGACGCACCGCAGCUGGGCCGAGGACCCGUCCCUGGCCGACAGGUACAGCCUCCCACUGACGGGGCCCAGCCUGAGCGCCGCGCUCCCCACCGUCGUCGACCCGGACGUGUCCACCGCCCUGUCGGCCUACGGCGAUCCGGAGGACCUGCUCGCGCCCGUCGUGACGGCGUACGUGACGACCGCCACGGCCGCACCGGUCAAGGUGGCGCGCGGCCAGGCUGACGAGUGCGAGCUGUGCGGCCGCGACUGGAUUCACCUGACGUAUCACCACCUCAUCCCGCGCAUGGUGCACGACAAGGUCCUCAGGCGGGGCUGGCACCGCGAGGACGAGCUGCAGAACGUCGCCUGGCUGUGCAGGGCCUGCCACAACACCGUCCACAGGUUUGCGUCCCACGAGGACCUCGCCAGGUACUACUACACCGUAGACUUGCUGCUUGCGCAGGAUGAGAUCGCCGCCUUUGCUCAGUGGGUUGGCAGGUUGAGGUGGAAGGGCAGGUAG